UACAAUUUAAGUAAAUUAAUAUGGAAUUUAAAAAAAACUAAACAUGAUUUUUUCUCUUAGUUAUGAUAAUUCUUUUAAGUGCCAAUUACAUCCACACUUUAUCAGGCCUGAUACCAGACCCGAUUUCGGGCCCGAGAAAGAGAAUUAUUCCAUUUUACCAAAUAUCAACACAUCGUUUAUAAUAUUUGAAAUGUAAAAAAAUGAUUUAUAUGCAAAAAUAUCAGACAUUGAACAUUUUUGGCAAUUAGAAACAAAGUAUUUUUUUACAUUUCAAAUAUUGUAAGCGAUGUGCUAAUUUUCCGUGAUCCCCGCAAUUUGCGAAUUUCAGUUUCCGCGGUAGGCCCCAUGUACCUAUUAAUAGUAAUCAAUGAUUUCGAAGAAUAAUUUUAGGUGCUUGACAAGUUUCCUGUAAUUACACACUUUGGACAUCUAUCUUAUCUACUAAUCUGUGACAACUAAUACGGUUAUCUGUUAGAUAAGUAAAAUACUUAGUUGGUAAACUGGACGUUAUUGCUAGUUAGAUUACCUGAAGGUAUUACGUGUUGAUUAAUUAAUUAAGUAUUUAUUAAUCAUUAAACAUGUGGGCUGGACCUGCGCAUGUCGACGACGGGGCCGGAGGUAUUCACUUUGUGGACGGACAGCCAGUCCAUGACGGAAAUUUUGGUGGAUCAAAUCUCGUCCAUGGAGGGAUUAAUGUGGCUGAUGGCAAUUUCGGUGGAUCAAAUCUUGUACACGAUGGAAUAAAUGUGGCUGAUGGCAAUUUCGGUGGAUCAAACCUUGUACACGAUGGAAUAAAUGUCGUGGAUGGCAAUUUCGGUGGAUCAAAUUUUGUAGAUGGAGGGGUAAAUGUUGUAGACGGUGAUUAUGGUGGAGUAAAUGUGGUAGAAGGUGGUUAUGGAGGUGGGUCAGCCAUGAGGGCGUUUAGUGGGGAAGUGGAAGGGGAAGCGGAAGCGGAAGCGGAGGAACCGGCGGAAGCGGAGGAGGAACCAGAAGAAGCCGAAUAAAAUAAGUUUUUUUUAUAAUAAAUAUUGACUAAGUCCCACAGUAAGUUCAAUAAGGCUUGUAAUGUGGGUGCUUAGACAACAAUAUAUGUAAUAUAUAAAUAUUUAUAAAUACUUAUAUACAAAUACAUAGAAAACACCCAUGACUCAGGAACAAAUAUCUGUGCUCAUCACUAGUUUAGUUUGUUGUUGGUCUUAUGGCACCUUGACAUUUAUGUUAAGCCCGACCAGAAAUAUAUAUGAUCAUUGUCAAGAGGGCGCUGCUAUUCUCAUGUAUAGGGCGACAGUUCAGUUUAGUAUGAAAAAUUUAGUUGCAAUGAAAUUCCGCAAUAUGGCGCGUGACACACACAUAUAUUACUGGUCAGGAUUUAUUUAAUUUAUAUUGCACAGGAAAUAAAGUACAAAGUCUUAAUGUAUAUUGCUAGAACCAACUACUAGUGAACUAUCAGGCCAAAAAUAUAAAGGUAUGUUUUAGGUACGGAAAAAACGAGUGUAAAACAAGAAAAAAGAAUUUAGUAAUAAAUGUACAUAAAUUUAAGAAUAAUUAUAACAUACUAAUACAUACAAUAUAAUAUACACAUACUCAUUAUUACAAAUCUUAGUUUUAUAGGGACCGUGCGUGUUGGAGGGUCUGCCAUCUCGUGGCCUGAAUCGGAACCAUAAACAUGCACAUGUACACGUCACGUGUUUUCUUGUGCAUAGUAGGUUCUGCCAUCUUGUGGGCUAAAUCGGAACAAAAAACAUCACGUUUACGCCUCGCGCCAAAAAUCUGACGGCUCCUGUGCUGCCUCCUACAGUUCAUGCACGCGCCCUAUUAGGUAUGCUAAGUAAUGCAUACCUAAUACGGAGCGUGCAUGAACUGCACAAACCAUAGAACCGUUGACACCAGAUGUCACUGGUGUCGCGAGUGUCGCGACUGACGAAAAAUGUAUUGCUAAAACAAUUUACAAGUAGAAGGAGUUGAAAAUAGAGUUGCGGUUAAUCGAGUUAUAAUUAGCUGAAAAUUGUUGACCAUUAGAGUUUUCGUUCGUCGCGACAUCUAUUGUCAGCUAGUAGUACUGAUAAAUUCCGCUACUUGGCGCUAGAUGUCGACUACAAUAUGAAAUGUAACGCCUUAUUAUGUACAUGACAAGGCGAUCAGGGAUCGGUAACCGGUAUUUUUUGUAUGGGAACGAAAACGGUAUUUUUUCGUUCUUUGUUAAUUACUUCAUUUCUAAUUAGGCAUUCUAAUAAUACGAAGUCAUUAUCUGAAAACACAACUGAGUCCUACAUUUAGAGUAUAAAAUAAACCGAAAUAUAUGGUAAUUUCGAUGUUUUUGCAAAAAACCGGUUCCGAUCCCUGAAGGCGAUAUUAAAUAAAUGAUUACAAUACAAUACAAAUAAUCUUUAUUGCACACCUCAAUACAGAAACAGUACAAAUAAUACAACACAUAAAGAAGAGGUGAACAACAGGCGGCUACGAAAUACCUCGAGUUUUUGUAUGGGAGUUACCACUCUUUCUAUACUUAUAUUUCUCUAUUCUACAAACAAAACAACAUACUACAUCAUUAGUUACUACAAGCAAAUGGCGGUCGUGUGGCUAUCUAAUCUUAAGAAUUACCUAUUAUAACAGUACAGUCUUUUUACAAAUCACUUCUCGAUCUGUAAUUAAUCAAGAUAAUUAGCAAAUAAAUGUGACUUGUAUUUUUGAUAAUAAACAUUUUCUAUUAAAUAUAA